AUGUUGCUGAGUGCUGAGAGUCCUCCAACAGCUGAAGCUACUAACUGCUUCCCCACUACCAUGAGCACCAACUUGUCCGAGGACAAUAACACCCAGCCCAAUACCACCUUCAAUGAGCCACUACCUAUGCUUCACAUGCUCCUGCCAACUCCAUGAUCUGUGCUGGUGCUCCCAGUCAACAUCUCUGAGUACCUGCUGCAGCACUGGCCCUUUGGGGAGCCAUUCUGCAAACUGGUGCUGACCUUCAACCACUAUAACAUCUUUUCUAGCAUCUACUUCCUGGUUGUGAUGAGUGUGGGCUGCUUAGUGGUACUGGUCACUGUGAGAUCUUGCAGAUUACCUAGACAUACCCAGAGAGGGGCUAAAGUUGCCAGCCUUUGCAUCUGGCUGGAUGUCACCAUCAUGGUCUGCCCUUUCUUUUCCUUUGCCCAUGUCUAUAUCAAUGAGUUACAGGCACCCAGUUGUGGGCUAAGCUUCUUGAGGCCAGAGCAGGCCUGGUUCCUGCCCAGCCACAUUUAUAUAUUGGUUCUGGGCUUUUCAUUGCCUGAGUGCAUCAUCUGCAAGUUAUAUGCAGAUCUACGAUCCAGACUUCAUACAAUGAGGCUCCACUCUGGGCUUGAGGAAGGCCAAGAGGAAAUAACUGUCCUGGUCCUCGAUGUGUUGGCUGUGUUCCUUCUCUGCUAGGUGCUCUUUCAUUUGUCUGGCCUCUGGUGCCUCUGACUACAGACAUGGAUUAGCAUCUCCUAUGGCCUCAGCUAUGCCAACUCAUGCCUCAAUCCUUUCUUGUAUGCCUUCCUGGAUGACAACUUCUGCAAGAAUUUCUACGUCAUAGGAGAACAUAUGAGCAUCUUUGCCAUUCAUCACCUCCAAAGCAGAGGUUAA